AUGCACUACGUUUCCCACAUGCCCUCAGAGAAUGUAACAGUCAGCACUACUCACAAAGUGGAAAGUGACUCUAACCCAUCUGAUAAUGACGAUACCGACUCCCUCUCAGGUAGUAGCUUCACCGGGAUGAUUUAUUUAAACCCACAAACACCUACCUGGACUCUAGCUGAGAAGUUUACUGAACUCAACUCUGGAGAAGACAAGAGACUUUCUACCUAUCAGGACCUCUGUGGUCCUCCAGGUUCACCCACGGCCAUUGAACAUAAUAUUCCCAAUAGGAGAGGCUCUACUGGCGUGUAUGGGGUCUACUCAGACUCGUCACAACAAGAGGAAGGCAACAUCAAGAAGGUUUCUAAAAGGAGACCGCAGAGGAAAGUGUCAAGCGGGAAUCCUUCCGAUCUGAAGCUGCGUCUGGUGAGAGAGAUCAGGCCCAAACCCAACGAGGCUCUGUCUGAUGUGCAUUGUGAUGUGCGUGAGAUCUUUGAUGUGUGUGGGAAAAAUGGAAAUGAGAAGAGUGGAGUAUCACUAGUAAUUCCCCCUCCAUUAAACAAGGCUCUGGCCAUGAUUGAUGCCUGUGAGAAGAAUAAGGUGCCUAUAGUGUUUACUGCCAUGAAGAAACGUGGAGUAGAGGGAGACACAGAGAACCGGCCCUAUAAGUGCACUCACUGCAACUGGGCCUUUAAGAAGUCCAGCAAUCUGCAGAGUCAUCUGGAUACUCAUAGUGGCCUGAAGGCUCAUGUGUGUGACCUAUGCGGCAAGGCCUAUUCCCACCAGGGCACACUGCAGCAGCACAAGCGCCUGCACACCGGAGAGAGACCGUACCACUGCCCCUUCUGUGACAAGACCUACAUCUGGUCUUCCGAUUACCGCAAGCACAUCCGCACGCACACCGGAGAGAAGCCAUACGUGUGCGAGACCUGUGGCAAGGACUUUGUGCGCUCCUCGGACCUGCGGAAGCACGAGCGUAACAUGCACACCAACAACAAACCAUUUCCAUGUACGCAGUGUGGCAAGACCUUCAACAAGCCGCUGUCCCUGCUCCGCCAUGAGCGGACCCAUCUAGGCGAGCGGCCCUUCUGCUGUUCCGUUUGUGGGAAAGCCUUUGCCGUGGCCAGCCGCAUGGCAGAGCACCAGAUGGUGCACACCGGGGUGAGACCCUACACCUGCCUGGUCUGUUCCAAAUCCUUCACCAAGUCCUCCAACCUGCUGGAGCAUCAGGCCAUCCACAGCGGCAUCCGCCCCCACAAAUGCUCCCAGUGCAGGGUGCCGUUCGCCAUGGUGUCUCGCUUGGUCCGUCACCAGUGCGUCCAUACCGGAGAGAGGCCCUUCAACUGCACAGGCUGCAGCAUGUCCUUCAGCCGCACAACUGCUCUGAAGUGCCACCAGGAGCAGACGUGUGCCGGGAGGAUCUUUGUAUGUGUGAAGUGUGACAAGGCUUUUCAGUGUGCCUCUCAGCUCACUGAGCACAUGCUGAGCCAUGACUCUACUGUUGCUGCUUCUGCUGUCGGAAACACAGACGACUGAU